AUGCCUCGCUACGCUCAGCUGGUUAUGGGGCCAGCGGGCAGCGGAAAGGUGAGACUGGUGUCUAUUAUGACCUGACAUGCUUCCUUCCAUCAUAGCACUUUUUUUCUUCUAUCCGCUGAAGAGAGUGGCUUGCAUUUCGACUAUCCUGUUAUGGCUGAUAUCCGGGAGCUGAUAGAAGUAGAUGAUGUGAUGGAAGACCGCUCUCUCAGAUUUGGCCCUAAUGGGGGCCUUGUAUAUUGCAUGGAAUAUUUUGCUAAUAAUUUUGACUGGCUGGAGAGUUGUUUGGGACAUACUGAGGAUGACUAUAUACUCUUUGACUGCCCAGGUCAGAUUGAGCUGUACACUCACCUGCCAGUUAUGAGGUACCUGGUAGAACAGCUCCAACAGUGGGAGUUUAGAGUCUGUGGAGUCUUCCUUGUUGAUUCUCAGUUCAUGGUGGAGUCUUUCAAGUUCUUCUUUAUUUGCAUCAGAUUUUUAGAUCCGGAUAUGUAUUCUAUGAUGGAAGAUUCAACGAACAGACUAAGAAGUAAAAAAUUCAAGAAGCUGACAAAGGCAAUUUGUGGAUUGAUCGAUGAUUACAGCAUUGUCCGAUUUCUACCAUUUGAUCGCUCGGAUGAAGAAUGCAUAAACAUUGUGCUCCAACAUAUCGACUUUUCCAUCCAGUAUGGGGAAGACCUGGAGUUCAAAGAGCCAAGGGAACUUGAGGAGGAUAAAUCCGAGAACCUUGAUGAAUUCUUCCAGGACCAGGCAGAUGAGGAUUAACAUCUUUUGACAACAUAUUGAAAAAUGACGUGCUAGGAUGAAUUUAGCUUUCAUGAC